CGCCCGCACCGCCGGGACACGAGGAAUUCGCCCACGCAGAAGGCACGGCAUCCCGACGCCGCAGGGUUAUGAGACCAUCACUGCUCAGGACCUACUAACAACAGGAAACCGAAACAUGACCAAAUCGUACAGUGAGAGUGGGCUGAUGGGCGAGCCUCAACCUCAAGGUCCUCCCAGCUGGACAGACGAGUGUCUCAGUUCUCAGGACGACGAGCACGAGGCAGAAAAGAAGGAGGACGACCUCGAAGCCAUGAACGCGGAGGAGGACUCAUUGAGGAACGGGGGAGAGGAGGAGGACGAAGAUGAAGACCUGGAAGAGGAAGAAGAAGAGGAAGAGGAGGACGAUGAUCAAAAGCCCAAGAGACGUGGUCCUAAGAAGAAGAAGAUGACCAAGGCGCGCCUGGAGCGUUUUAAACUGAGGCGCAUGAAGGCCAACGCCCGGGAGCGGAACCGCAUGCACGGACUGAACGCAGCGCUGGACAACCUACGCAAAGUGGUGCCCUGCUACUCCAAGACACAGAAGCUGUCCAAAAUCGAGACUCUGCGCUUGGCCAAGAACUACAUCUGGGCUCUGUCGGAGAUUCUGCGCUCAGGCAAAAGCCCCGACCUGGUCUCUUUCGUACAGACGCUCUGCAAGGGGUUAUCCCAGCCCACCACCAAUCUGGUUGCGGGCUGCCUGCAGCUCAACCCUCGGACUUUUCUUCCUGAGCAGAACCAGGACAUGCCCCCGCAUCUCCCGACCGCCAGCGCUUCCUUUCCUGUACACCCUUACUCCUAUCAGUCGCCGGGGCUGCCCAGCCCACCCUAUGGUACCAUGGACAGCUCCCACGUCUUCCACGUCAAGCCGCCACCGCACGCCUACAGCGCAGCGCUGGAGCCCUUCUUUGAAAGCCCCCUGACUGAUUGCACCAGCCCCUCCUUUGAUGGACCCCUCAGCCCGCCGCUCAGCAUCAAUGGCAACUUCUCUUUCAAACAUGAACCGUCCGCCGACUUUGAAAAAAAUUAUGCCUUUACCAUGCACUACCCUGCAGCGACCCUGACAGGGGCCCAAAGCCACGGAUCAAUCUUCUCCGGUGCCGCUGCCCCUCGCUGCGAGAUCCCCAUAGACAAUAUUAUGUCCUUUGAUAGCCAUUCACAUCAUGAGCGAGUCAUGAGUGCCCAGCUCAAUGCCAUCUUUCACGACUAAAGGCACGUCUGUUUCACCAUUCCCGGGAAACGAACCCACUGUCCUUACAGUGACUGUCGUGUUUACAAAAGGCGGCCCUUUGGGUACUGUUGCUGCAAAGUGCAAAUACUCCAAGCUUCAAGUGAUAUAUGUAUUUAUUGUCGUUACUGCCUUUGGAAGAAACAGGGGAUCAAAGUUCCUGUUCACCUUAUGUAUUAUUUUCUAUAGCUCUUCUAUUUUAAAAAAUAAAUAAUACAGUAAAGUAAGAAAAAAAUGCACCACGAAUUUGGUGUAGCUGUAUUCAGAUCAUAUUAAUUAUCUGAUCGGGAUAACAAAAUCACAAGCAAUAAUUAGGAUCUAUGCAAUUUUUAAUCUAGUAAUGGGCCAAUUAAAAUAUAUAUAAAUAUAUAUUUUUCAACCAGCAUUUUACUACUUGUUACC